ACAGCUUUCACAUAUCGAUAAAGCUACAUCAAAAUCUUCUCUCUUUAAAUAACAUUAAACCCUUUAGUAUGUAAAAUUCCUCACAAAACCCUAAUAAAAAGUAAACAAACAUCAUUCCAUGAUAACAUCACUACUCAGUAUUUAUACCACCUUAUGUGUAAGCCCACAUGCCCCAAAAACUUAACUAAUCUAAGCUUCGUAUACUCCAUAUCACAUCUAUUUAAUUUGGGGGAGUGAGUUGAUUCAUUAAUUCUUGGAUUUUGGGGGAUCUGAGUUUUCCGUAGAGAAGUCAUUAUGUCUUUAACGGGGUUUGUUGGAAAGAUGUGUCAGUGACAUGAAGAAGACGAACAACAACAAUAAGCUUGCAAUAAAUGUGUGGCCUUCAUCUAACACCACCCACAAAUACUAGCGUUUUUCAUACCCUUCAAUAAAAGUCACUACAGUGAAAACGAGGAGAUUCCUGAGCCAUUACAAUGUCUUCUUAUUUGAUCUUCACUUCCAUUAUCUUACUCUGCCUCCUCUCUUCUUCCUUCUCCUCCUAUGCUUCUCUACAUAACGCCACAAACGAAAGUGUGACUUUCCGGCCUCAACAUGAGAUUCAGAAGCUGAAACUCAUCAGAGAACACCUCCCAAAGAUCAAUAAACCCGCCAUUAAGACCAUUCAGAGCUCAGAUGGAGAUAUAAUAGAUUGUGUUCCAUCUCAUCACCAGCCAGCUUUUGAUCAUCCCUUGUUACAAGGACAAAGACCAAUGGAUCCACCAGAGAUGCCCAAAGGGCACUGCCAAGAAAAUGAAUCCCAUGAAGAUUUUCAGCUUUGGAGUUUAACCGGUGAGUUUUGUCCAGAAGGUACGAUUCCGAUCAGAAGAACAACGGAGCAAGACAUGUUAAGAGCAAGUUCUGUCCGUAAAUUUGGUCGCAAAAUAAGGCGCGUGAGAAGGGACUCGAGUAGUAACGGCCACGAGCAUGCGGUGGGAUACGUAUCGGGAAGUAAAUACUACGGAGCAAAAGCGAGUGUAAACGUGUGGACGCCACAUGUAAGUAGCAAAUACGAGUUUAGUCUAUCUCAGAUUUGGGUCAUCGCCGGUUCUUUCGCCGACGAUCUUAAUACCAUCGAAGCUGGUUGGCAGGUUAGCCCGGAGCUGUACGGAGACACUAACCCAAGAUUCUUCACAUAUUGGACGUCGGAUGCGUACCAGGCAACAGGAUGCUAUAACUUAUUGUGUUCCGGUUUCAUUCAGACAAACAAUCGAAUUGCGAUCGGAGCUGCUAUUUCUCCGGUUUCGUCAUAUAAAGGUGGACAAUUCGAUAUAAGUCUACUGAUAUGGAAGGACCCAAAACACGGACACUGGUGGCUCCAAUUCGGGUCGGGUACACUAGUCGGGUAUUGGCCCGUAUCUUUGUUCACACACCUGAUGGAGCAUGGGAACAUGGUCCAGUUCGGUGGCGAGGUCGUGAACACACGACCUGAUGGUUCACAUACUUCGACUCAGAUGGGGAGUGGCCAUUUUGCCGGUGAAAGUUUUGGACAAGCAUCGUACUUUAGGAAUCUUGAGGUGGUAGAUUGGGACAAUACACUUAUUCCGAUAUCUAAUCUUAGAGUUCUUGCGGAUCAUCCGAAUUGUUAUGACAUAAGAGGUGGAGUAAACCGAGUUUGGGGUAACUAUUUUUAUUACGGAGGACCUGGUAAAAACUCGAAAUGUCCAUAAAGAAAAAAAAAAAAGAAGUCAAUUGUGUUUUAUUCAUCGGGCGUAGAUGAGAUUUUUUUUUUUUUUUGUGGGGAUGGAGGGCUCGGGACAAAGAUCCGGAGGUUUUGAAAGAAAUUCAUAUUUGUAAGAAAAGAAUUGUACCGAUUGAUUAUUGUUAUUAAAUGUAUAAAUGAUGAAUGUGUUGUGAACAAA